GUCCCCGGGGCUGAGCCUCUGUGAUUGGAGGACGUCCGUGAGCGGAGGGUUUGUGCUGAGGUUGAAACGCCUGACUGACGGAGCUCAGCAAUUGGCGGGAGGGGAGGCGUUAACUCGAGGGAGGAGAAACGACCCCUGAGCGACAGCCCCCGCCGCGCCACCGAGGCUCUAUCCUCCCCCAAGGCUAAACGAGGGAGGCUGAGACCUUACGUUGCGUAAAGGCCGCUCGACCCGGAAACAAACCUUUUAAAAACCCACUCUCUCAGGGGCGGGAGGAAGAGCGGACAGCUUCACCGUUGCUAGGCGACAAGUCAGGCGCACCUGAGCGCUCUCGGGACCAAGACCCAGUGGAGCUGCGUCCCCACUCUGGAGGCAGAGCUGAAGUUUCAUUUGGAAUGAUCAUAUCUUUUCAGACAAAUGGAGACAUGUUUCAUUUGGGCCUAGCAGUAUAAAUUUAACUCAUUCAAGAUGGUAAAGAUGUCCACCAAGACAGAGAUUCCUUUGCCAUCAGAUGUCUUUCUGCUUGACUGAGCUACACCUGUGGUCUCUGAAGAGUACCUUACACAUUGCGGAUAGAGACAUCGGCGUCUACCAGUACUAUGACAAGAAAGAUCCACCAGUGUCAGCAACAGAGCAUGGUAACUUAGAAGAAAAACAAAGGCUGGCAGAGUCACGAGAUUAUCCUUGGACACUCAAAAAUAGACGCCCGGAAAAACUUCGAGACACACUGAAAGAAUUGGAGGAAUUGAUGCAAAACAGUCCGUGUGUGCUGAGCAAAUGGAAGAACAAAUACAUCUGUCAGCUCCUCUUUGGUUCAGGUGUGUUGGUGUCCCUAAGCCUUUCUGGGCCUCAGCUGGAGAAAGUGGUGAUUGACAGAAGCCUGGUGGGGAAGCUCAUCUCAGACACCAUCAGUGAUGCUCUUCUUACAGACAGUUUCAUCAUCUUAUCAUUUUUGGCACAAAACAAACUAUGUUUUAUUCAGUUUACAAAGAAGAUGGAUUCUCUUGAUGUAAACAAGAGAUUGGAAAAACUCUCAGCCUUGGAUUAUAAGAUUUCCUAUUAUGACAUGCCUGGCCCAGCAAACAGGACACUAGAGCGUCGCUUAGCUAUCAAUUCCAUUCAGGAUGUACUUGUUUGCUGGUGGCCGCUGGUCAGUGAUGGCGCUUGGCCUUGGACUCCAAUCUCUUCUGAGAAGGACAGAGCCAAUCUCCUGCUCCUGGGUUUUACUCAAGGAGGACUGCAGGUUCUGAGUUCUGUUCGCACAGAAUGGAAUCCUCUGGAUGUUCACUUUGGCACCAAACAGCCUCAUCAGGUGUUCACAGUGGAGUGCUCCAGCGGUGUAGACAAGGAGCCCAUGGCUGACAGCUGUGUCUAUGAAUGUGUCCGGAACAAACUCCAUUGCGUGUCAGUUACCAGAAUACCACUAAAAUCGAAGGCCAUCAGCUGUUGCAGGAAUUCCACUGAAGACAAACUGAUUGUGGGCUGUGAAGACUCGUCAGUAAUUCUCUAUGAAGCGCACCGCGGAGUGACUCUCUUGGCCCAGGCUGAACUUUUGCCGUCAUUAAUAAGCUGCCACCCAAGUGGUGCCAUUCUGCUAGUUGGCAGCAACCAAGGGGAACUGCAAAUUUUUGACAUUGCUCUAGCCCCUAUUAACAUCCAGCUCUUGGCUGAAGAUCGCUUACCCAGGGAGACUCUGCAAUUCAAUAAAUUCUUUGAUGUUUCAAGCAGUCUUGUUCAAAUGCAGUGGAUAGCUUCUCCUGUUGUUUCCCAGAAGUCUGAAAGAGGAGAAAUCUAUGAUCUCCUCUUCCUCAGGUUCAGCAGAGGACCUGUGGGUGUGCUGUUGUUUAAACUUGGUGUCCUCACUCGAGGACAGCUUGGCCUGGUAGACCUCAUCUUCCAGUACAUUCACUGUGAUGAGAUGAAUGAGGCAAUAAACAUCCUGAGCAGCAUGGACUGGGACGCCAUGGGCCAGCAGUGCCUCGUCAGCAUGAGCGCCAUCAUGAACCAUCUUCUUCGACAAAGACUCACUCCAGAGAGAGAAGCGCAGCUUGAGACAAGCCUUGGAACCUUCUAUGCUCCAACAAGACCACUUCUGGAUACAACUAUUUUGGAGUACAGAGACCAGAUCAGCAAGUAUGCCAGGAGAUUCUUCCACCACUUACUCAGGUACCAGAGAUUUGAAAAGGCCUUUCUCUUAGCUGUUGACAUCGGUGCUCGUGACCUGUUUAUGGAUAUUCAUUACCUUGCCCUGGAUGUGGGUGAACUGGCACUGGCUGAAGUGGCGAGAAGAAGAGCGUGUGACAUUGACGUCAUGUCAGUAUCUUCUGGAGUCGAACUCCUGGAGCCCUUGGAUGGAAGAGACAUGCUAAAUGAAGCUUUUCCUGGCCCAGCUUUAACACCUGAAGGAGAAAACACAUUUCCAGAUCUUCCUUCCAUUGGUUCCACACACAGACAUGCUGUUCAUCAGAAAAUACCAUUUGGCCCUUCUAACAGCAGACAGGCAAUCGAGAAAAGGAGUGAGCAGGAGGGGAACCCCCACCCUGACUCUUCGGUGAUCACCGCCUCAGAUGCAGAAGGAGGACUGAAAGAAGACUACAGGGGACAGGACAUUGGAGAUGUUGGUUCUCUCAGAAUGGUUCAUUUUGGUUUGGUGUAAAUCACUAGAAACUCCAAAAAAAAAAAAACCAAAAAAAAAAAAAAACUUGCCUUUUUCAUAUCUUUUAUAUUGCCCUGAUUCAAUACAAAUCUCCAUGUAUGGAUUUUAAUAGAAGGAAAGCUGGUACAUGCAGCACAGCAUAACAAUAGCAAAGUGACCCUAAAUAAAAGUCCUCAACCACUUAUUUUCAUAAUGUGUGUACUUUUUAAAUGUCAGAAACUAUACAUCAUUUGGAGCAUCAGAGGUAGAACAUUUAAGUCUUGUUUUCCCUCAUCUUGUAAAAUUUUCCUCCUUUGGGGGCUGUUGUUGGAUUUUCUUUUACUCUAGCCCCACGUUGGGUGCCAAACUUUGUUGGGGUUUUUUUGCUCUUUUCUCUUUUGGGGGCCCACCACCCAGCUCCCAAAUAAAUCAAACAUGGAGGCUUAUUCUUAAUUAUAGAUGCCCAACCUUAUCUUGACUUGUUUCUUGCCAGCUUUACUUAACUGAAAUUAUUUCAUCUACCUUUUGCCUCUGGGCUUUUUCCUUUUCUUACUUCUGUAUAUCUUACUUUCACUCUUAUUCUGUGGUUGGCUGUGUGGCUGUGUGGCUGGACCCUAGUGUCCUCCUCUCCUUGUUCUCUUGCUCCUCCUUCUUCUCCUCCCAGAUUUCUCAUUCUAUUUAUUCUGUCUGCCUGCCAGCCCUGCCUGUCUUUUCUCCUGCAUAGCCAUUGGCUGUUCAGCUCUUUAUUAGACCAUCAAGUGUUCUGGACAGGCAAAGUAACACAGCUUCACAGAGUUAAACAAAUGCAGCAUAAAAGAAUGCAACACAUCUUUGUAUCAUUAAACAAAUGUUCCACAGCAUAUGCAAAUGUAACACAUCUUAAAAUAUUAUUCUACAACAGGGGGUUGUAGAGAUGGCUCAGCAGUAAAGAGCACUUAUCUUGCAGAGGACCCAGAUUCAAUUCCCAGCACCCACAUGUUGGCUCAUGGCUGUCCAUAACUCCAAUUCCAGGGAAUCCAGUGCCCUCUUCAGACUGCCUCAGACACCAAGCACAGACAUGUGGUGUGAGCCAAACACCCAUAAAUAUAUAAUAAAAUAAAUCUUUACAAAAAUUUCUAAUCCUGGUCUUAUUUAUAUUACUAAUUUAUAUUACUAAUAAAAUAUUUGUUAAGCAAAAGUUCCUGUCAGACCUACUGGAACAGACAUUUCUCCAUCGUGGAUCCUUGCAAUGAGGAACUGGUGGCGCUUGCCACAGCGAGCUGUCGUCUUCCCAUGGAGGCUACUGCUUGUUCAGAUUUGAGCUCCAUGAGCUCAGGGCUCCUCAAAACAUUGCAAAGAGAGUGCAGGUGGUACCUAGCCCUUUCUUUCCACAGUGCCACAUGGAAAUACGGAAAUGUGACUCAGGGAAUACAUGGGGGGGAUACUCUGUCUCCUGUGGCUGUAAUAUGCUAUCCUUUGUCUCUGACCCCAAGUCCCACCCAUCUUCUCCCAGCACCUAUAAAGUGACAGCACUGUAAGUUGUGAGCAUGAAAGGCCCUUCCUUGUCCUCAAUACCUGCCACUAGCAGAUGACACAUAGUUUAUAACUAUAGAUGUCUAUGAUAAUAUGAGUUACUGUCAUCUUUCCAAGAACAUGAGAGCAGGAAGGAGGUGAAAAUUACGUUUUUCAGUUUGCUACUGGCCUAAAAAGUUUUGAGUUUAUAAUCUUUGAGCCAUCCUAAUGACAUGUUGGAUUAAAUUUUUUUUACUAUUUCUAUUCUUUCUCUUGCAGAUAAUCAAAGUUGACUAAUUUUUUAAGUUUAUUUGUAUAUUUUUUUAUGUGCAUCAGUGUUUUCCCUACAUGUAUGUCUGGGUGAGGAUGUUGGAACCCCUGGAACUGGAGUUACAGACACUCUUGAGCUGCCAUGUGGGUGCUGGAAAUUGAACGUGGGUCAUCCGGAAGAGCAGCCAGUGCUUUUAGCCACUGAGCCAUCUCUCCAGCCCUGAAGCUGACUAAUUUUUAAAGAAAAGGUAUGAUUUUGCAAGGAUGGCGUCAUUUCCUGCAGGUACUCUAGCUGUCAUUCCCACAACCUCAAGCCACAUUCCUGGUGCACUAUAUCUUUUUGCUAUUUGACCACUGUUUUCUGCAGCUAUGUGAGAAUGGCGGUGGUCAGUACCCUCUCCAGUUUCUCUGUCAGGCAGUUCAAACUCUAUGCUAGAAUGUGGUUGUGAAUACAUGUAUUUAUAGGUCCAUGAAUAUUGUUCCUAGGGGUAAAGUUUGCUAAGUUACCCACAUGAACAUUAAACAAAAUUUCGUUUCCCAUCUU